AUGACUCAAAAGGCAGUAGAGAUUAGGGAAGGGAGUAAUCAAACUAAGGAGCCUACUGUUACCAAUGUAGGCAUAGUAGAGAUGGGAUCUUACCAAGCGAAAGAAGUUCUAGAUAUUAGCGUUAUUCCUGCUGCUAACACUAUAAUGGUAAUGUUGGAUGUUCAGACCACCUCUACUAAUCCGCCUCAUUCUCGACGAGUCAAUAAGGAUAUAGUAGCUUCAGAUUUCAUUAAAGAACCUACUGAAAUGGAAAUAGAUCAUAGGGCAGAUUGUGUGGAAACUAUCGUGUAUGAUGCUGCUGAAAUAGGUAUGUUAACAACGAAUGUUUAG